AAAGAGGCCACCAUGUCGAAUAUGGAGAAACACUUGUUCAACCUCAAGUUUGCUGCCAAGGAUCUACAGCGCAACUCCAAGAAAUGUGACAAAGAAGAAAAGGCAGAAAAGGCAAAAGUGAAGCAGGCUAUCCAGAAGGGUAAUAUGGAGGCAGCUAGGAUCCAUGCAGAAAAUGCCAUCCGUCAGAAGCAUCAGUCCAUUAACUUCCUGAGGAUGAGUGCUCGUGUGGAUGCUGUGGCUUCUCGGGUCCAGACUGCUGUCACAAUGAACCAGGUGUCUAAGUCCAUGUCAGGAGUGGUCAAGUCUAUGGAUGCUACACUCAAAAGCAUGAACUUGGAAAAGAUCUCUGCGUUAAUGGACAAGUUUGAAAACCAGUUUGAAACUCUUGAUGUGCAGACAGCUCAGAUGGAAGACACAAUGGGCAACACCACCACUCUGACAACACCUCAGAAUGAAGUGGAUAUGCUGUUGCAUGAGAUGGCUGAUGAAGCAGGGUUGGAUCUUAACCUGGAGCUCCCUGCAGGCCAGACUUCCUCGCUGGCUUCAUCUGUGGCAUCAACAGAGCAGGAUGAGCUCUCCCAGAGGCUGUCCAGGCUGCGAGACCAGGUGUCAUAAUGAUGCAGAAGAUGACGCGAUCGGGAGGAGGGAGAAGAAACGGGGAGAGAAAAAGUAGAAAGUAAACAAAUAAGGUGCCAUGUGCCUGCAAGCUCUGUGCCCUCCUCUGUGUUCCA